GCGCGAAUUCAGUAGUGAAAGGCCAGCUCUGUUCAGACUUAAAAAACUCUCGCAGCUCAUAGUCCAUUACUCUGCAGAUUGCUAUUUUAAAAAUGCACGAGGCUUAUAAAUAUCGCUUUUAAAAAUAGCCUCGCGUUCCACCUGUGAAUACUAAUUGCCGCCGCAGCGCUGCACACGGGAUGAUCAAUUUGUUUGCGACUUCCUGCAUCUUUUUCCCUGGAAGAGGACCUCCUCCCCGGUAACCAUUAUUAUAUAGGUGCACAAAAUUACAGCAUCGCCUCUCCAGCAAUAAACAACGAAGGAGAAGCUUCUGGAAAAAAAAGUCGGCUGACAUAGGGGCGCUAAGCGCAAAGGCAAACCCGCAGCCGAGAGAGAGAAGAGAGAGAGAGAGAGAGAGAGUGAGAGAGAGAGAGAGAGAGAGAGAGAGAGAGAGAGAGAGAGAAGCACCGUAAGAAGAUAAACAGAGGAGACGUAAAAUCGUCGUCUGACAAACGAGCGACACGUCAACUCAUAUUCCAUCUCUCCUCCUCCUCCUCUUCUUCGCUCAGGCGGUAUACGCUCGAAGGAAGGGAUAAAGCGAGCACAGGCUGUUACUAGUGAGCGAGAAAGAGAGAGACGGACAGAGGCGUGUUUUCCCGGGGCCCGGCUGACCUUCGCCGUUGCCGCUUUUGUAGCCGGCAGCGCGAUUGCCGGAUCAUCAGUCCGCGCCGAGACUUUUGCCGGAGCGUUUGCGCAUACACUAUACAUACCAGAGCCUGUAUAGCUCGAUAUAUACAGCGAGUUUUGAUUUUUUUGUUUCCUUGGGAUUAUUGUUGUUGCGUUCGUUGUUCUCUCCAGAGAAGAGAAGAGCUGUGAUCAUGAAGAGUGUGUACGGUGUCGUUUUGCUGGUGUGCUUCCUCGCGCUUGCGCACGGUUUCCCAGGUGCAAACCGCGAGUCAGCCGAGUCGAGCGAGUCCGAUGACAAGACCGACGGAGUCGUUCUGGUCCUACCUCGUCACAACAUCUUCGACGAUAUGGGUGAUGACGACGAGUCCAGCAUGGGUAUGCCUGGCAUGUGGCAUCCUUUCAGAUUCGACAACAGCCCCUUCGAUGGACUCUUCACUAGGAUGCAGGAGGCCAUGAACAGGGUCCGCGCGGAGAUGGCCGCAGCUUUGGCCAGCCAGCUCGGACAGGUCGGCGGACUGACUCCGUGGGGCAAAAUCCCCGAGGGCGCUAACACCACGUCCACGACCAAGGUGAUCGGCGACCACCAGGUGACCAUCAACGAGACGACCUACUCUGACGGCGACGAGAACAGCGGUACCAUCUUCCGCGUGCGCGUCGUCGACGUGAAGCCUCUGAACGAGACGACCGACGCCGCCGAGCCCGAGACUUCCUCCGAGGAAGCCGACGCCAAGCCAACCAAGCGACCCGACGACUCUCCUGCCGAGAAGCAGAACGAGGAUCGCGAGGAGCUCACGACACCGGCUCCCCGUAGCGUCGAGAGCCUCGAGGAGUUCGACAACGAGAUACCGAAGAACCAGGUCGACGUCCUCACCGCUUAGGAUCCAGUCGAUAUUUUUUUCUUUUCUGUCUGUCUUCUUCUUAAGUAAAAAUAAACGACACUAUGUAGACGUUACGUUUGCGGAUGGCAACGCUGGAACGACGGUGUGUGAGAAAGGGGAAUUCGUUUUUUCGAGGGAUUUACUUGUUCCGGUGGUGCCAUUCGCGAGGCUGAUGAUAUCGCCGGACGCUUUCGAUUCUCUGUGAAAUUGUUGUUUUUUGGGAUGGAAGAUUCAAAAUUGUUAUCGAUAGAGAAAGCGCGCUGCAAAUCGACGACCUAUUCUUCGACACCGACUUGCGCUAGAAUUACCUUGUUAAAUCAUUAUUACGAUAGAUGUUUCAUUGCGUAGAGUUUAAUCGAAUCAAUAAACAAACUGACAAUAAUGAGAGCGAGAUGGUUGAAGAAUAGGUUGCAGCCAUCGUUUACUUCGCGUACACACGUAUGAUUUUAUUGAUUUCAGAAGCGCAAUAUCGUAGUGAUAACGAGGAUACUUUAUGUUGUUGCCUUACGCUGUUUACGUAUCGCAUACAUUAUUAUUAUUAUUAUUAUUAUUAAUAUUAUUAUUAUGAUACAAUAAAGUUUUUAUUCCGUAGUAUGUAGUCGCGAGGAGUGAAUUAAGACAUGUGUACAAGAUUUUUCAUUGAGAUUUUUGUGAAGAAGGGCCUAAAGCUCUGGCAUGGACAGGGCAAUAAGUGACGGGUGAAGACCUUUUUAGUCAGAAUACGUAUGGAGAUGAUUUUUAUUGAUGUAUGUUAUAAGACGAUGUUUUUUUUUCAAUAAAAUAUACUAUUAUAAGUG